GCAGUCUUUUGGUUGUAGUAUGUCAGACCUGGGAAGAAGUGGCUGAGAUACUUAGUAGCCUAGAGUUUUGGAAUCAAGUGGAAGAGAUAGUACAGGCUCUAGAGUCAUUAUUCCUAGUUCUCUAUCUAGUUGAUAGCUAUGGUUCAUCUUCCGGGUACUUGUAUGUGGCAAUGGAAAUGGCAACUGAAGGAAUGAGAAGAAUUUAUGGUGGCAAUCCAGAUAAAUACCAGAGACUAUGGCUGAUUUUCAACUCGUUGAAGGAAAAGAUUGUCCAUCCAAUACUUGCCCAAGGUUCCCUAUUUAGAUCCACAACCAAGUCACAGAGAUGUUUGCAGCUGCAGUUUGUAACUAGGAUUCCAUAUCUCCUAGUUACUGGUCAAGAGGUCAAAAGUGAAAAAGGAUCUCCUGUCCAUGUGUUCUUGGUAGCCCGAAUCACCGGUAAUGUGGUGCAAGACAGAUUAUCGACGUUAAAUUUGACAGUUUCAGCACUUGAAGGAGACCACGAUGAAGAAAGUGGAAAUACUUGGCAAAGGGAGGAUUUUGAAAGAAAUGAAAUAACGGAUGUCCCACUCAUGACCGGUAAUCUGCAAGUGACCCUAAAGGAUGGGAUGGGAACACUUGGAGAUUUCUGUUUUAAUUACAGCUCUGACAUUGCAAGAAGUGGGAAGUUCAAGCUUGGAGUGAAAACUCUUACAGAUGAAUGUGGAGGGAUUUGUAUUUGCGAGGGCAUAUCCAAUGCAUUCGUCGUGAAGGACAGUAAUGACGCGAGAGCGCCCGAUGCUACUGCCAGCCAGAUGCACCAGUCAGAAGAUUCGCAGCUAGAGAGUACUAUGGAUGAACUGACACAACUAGUAUCCUGUCCAACGAGAUGGAUCUCGGUUGACGGUUUGAAUUUGGACCCCUUUGGAGUCCACUGGGUUGCAAGCAUAAGCAGAAGCACAACGUCAAAUCGGGGCAGCGAGCAAUGAGAUGGCCUAAGCUUAAAGCCGUGAAAGUUUCACCAUGGGCAACUCUGAGGACAGCUGUCAUGGAGAAGAGAGCUCAGAAAAUGCUUAGAAGGGCCUGAGUGCAGGAGCGAUUGGAAGAAUGUAAUAAAGGUGAUCAAGAUAGUAGUCUGGAAGAUCACAGGUGGUUACAAGUUAAGGAAAAGCUGAAGGAAAUCCCUGAGAAGUAUGUGACGCGAAGGCACCGAGUCAAGUGGCAACUCGUCCUGAGGAGUAUUCCAAGGGCAAAUCUGGAUCUUCAUUGGAUGAGUAUACAUAUGUAUGUACAUGUAUGUAUACCGGAAGGACGAGGAAUCAAUGCUACAAGAGCCGCCUUGGGAAGGACAAGGACAACUUAAAUUAACAAGUUAUGAUAAUUCAACUGUGGGAGGCUCUGUCAAAUUUCCAGAACCAAGUAUCUCGGAAGUUAGUUUACCUUUGACUCUCUUCCCAUCGUUAUUGGCCUGCAAAGAUACAGAGCUUCUCGAGGAUGAGGAGGCUUGGUAUCAGAAGAAUGUCCAUCGACAAUAGCAAGCUUCUCAUGUGCUGAAGACUCUAUUCCUCGGAAACGGGAUAGGUCCCGAUGGAGACAUUUAUUUACACUUUUUCUCUCAUCACUGAGUGGAGAUGACACUGA